AUGUUGACAAUUCUGAUAUUCGCUUCGAUCGGUCUUUCGACAGCGACUUUCCACAGAGUCGAAUUAUCGGACACGAAAACUCCCUAUGAUUAUGUUAAAGAACGCUUGGAUGCCAUAGGAACUGAUGUGAAGACUGGACUGCCGCUAUCUAACAGUUACGAAGUUGAAGAGAACGAAGACUAUCCAGAACACAUCGAAGGUGCUGCAUCUACUGUCUUAAAUACAGUGACAGGAGUGGGUGGCAUUGGAGGAGUCGGUGUUGGGGGAAUCGGCCUUAACCAAGGAUUAGGUUAUGGUGGAAUUGGAUUGGGUGGUCUUGGACUUGGACAAGGUUUAGGUAUUGGACUCGGAGGUGUGGGAGGCGUUGGCGGCAUCGGUGGCGGUGUUGGAGGACUUGGCAGCGGAAUCGGAAUCGGUAACGGUGUUGGACUUAUAAACCAAGGUAUUGGAGGCCUUGGAGUUGGAGGUAUAGGACUUGGCGGAGGAUUAGGAGGAGGGCUUCUCUACCAUCCUAUUUUGGGGGCUCAGAUCGGUGCUGGUUAUGUCGAUAAAAAUGCCUAUGAUGCCGCUCAGAAGAAAGGGGCUGGUGAAAACAUUGAAAAAAUCGAAAAAAAAGCUGAAGAAGAAACUAAGCACGGUCAAGAAGGAUUUCAACAGGCUGCCGCAGCUGCUAAGGCUGAGAAAGGAGAAUCAAGUUUCUACAAAGACGAGGAAGCAAAGAAAAAGGCCGCUGGUGAUGAAAAAUUCUACGAAGGCGGACAGAAGAUUGAUAAACACGGAGCCAACGAAGAAUCACUGAAGAAAGCAAAGAGUCACAAAAAGGGACAUGUCAGCAAAGGCUUCAAGUCUUCGAGUAGCAAGAAUGAAGAAGAAAAAACGGAGAGCUUUUACGAUGAAGCUCACGACGAAGCGGACCAUAAGAUUGCCGGACAGAACGCUGGCUCGUUUGGUGAAAAGGCACAGCAAGGUUUCAAAGGUGCUCACGAAGAGAAACUCCUCGACGCAAAUGCUCAAGGAAAAGAAGGGCAUCACGUUUCCGAACAGAAAAUCGACGAUUCUAAAGCGAACAAGGGAGAAUUCCUGCAGAAGGGCUACAAAGGCGGGGCUGAACAACUCGAGAAAUUCAAUAAUUUGGGAGCUCAUUCCGUGCACGGACACCAAGAGUCCAGCGGCGGCUACCAGCAGAAUAAGGGAGUAUUGCCAAUACACGCUUAA